GAUUGUCUUUGCUCAGAGGCCGACCAACAUCGCAUCACCUGGGGAGUGUCUGGAUGCAGUGUGUGUGUGUGAGGGGAGAUUGGUAGGUAAGACAGUGUGUCUGUGAUUGUGUGGAGGUGUUCAUGUGUGUAUCUGGAUCUUCAUGAGUCUGAACAUCGUGUAGACCAGCAACAGAUGGUUUCCAUGAUCAUGAUCUUUCCACAUGGAAUGCUGUUGCUAUGGCUGUGGUUGCUCGGCGCCCCUGCGGUGUGGACGACCACCUACAAGAUAGCUCUGGUGGGGCCAUGGUCAUGUGACCCUCUCUUCUCUCGUGCGAUGCCGGGGGUGGCUGCUAACCUGGCAUUGUCGCGGUUACGUAAAGACCCCAGCCUGAACCGAGGGUACUGGUAUGAUGUCUCCGUGGUAACCGAGCCAUGCAGCACCUCCCAGGCCCUCGCGCGAUUGGCAGAACUAGAGGGCUACGGCCACGCCUUCUUGGGCCCCUUCAACCCCGCCCUCUGUUCUGCAGCCUCCCUAUUGGCCAGCAACUGGAAGGCAGGGCUGGCCUCCCCAGGCUGCCUGGGUACUGAUUGGCCGUCGUUGGCGCCCGUCCCGCCCUCGCCCCGCCUUCUUUUUUCUGUCCUGAGGUUCUUCCGCUGGGCUCACGUGGGCGUGGUCUGCGCUUCCAGCGACCUAUGGGAGGCCACCGGGCAGGAAGUGGCGUCCUCGCUGCGCGCCCUGGGUGUCCCCGUGGGCCCUGUGGUCACUAUGGAUACGGAGGGGGAGGGGCCCAGGCCCGCUCUCAAGACCAUCAGGAUGGCUGACAAGGUCAAAGUGGUGAUCAUGUGCAUGAGCUCAGUUCUGAUUGGAGGAGAGGAGCAGCGAGAGCUUCUAUUGGCUGCGCUGGACAUGGGCAUGGUGUCUGAUGGCUACGUCUUCCUGCCAUAUGACACGCUGUUAUACGCGCUGCCCUAUCAGGACGCAGCCUUCCCUGUGCUGACCAAUCACACACGGCUGCGUCAGGCGUACGAUGCUGUGGUAACCGUCACCAUGGACUCAGAGAGCAGCUUCCAUGAGGCGUACCGCCAAGCCCAGCUCUCCCACCAGCUUCGUAGCUCUGUCCCCGCCAGCGAGGUGUCUCCUCUGUUCGGGACCAUCUACAAUGCUGUCUACUUCAUUGCUAAGGCAGUGGAGGAGCGUCGCCAGGCGGGCGGGGGCCGCUGGGUAACGGGGGCGGAGCUCCCCCAGAGUGACGGAGGGUUUGAGUUCCAGGGCUUCAACCAGCCGGUGACAGGGGGGCGGGGUGGGGAGGGCAUGCAGGCACGGUACGUGGUGCUGGACUCAGCAGGGGGAGACCGGCUCCGAGCCACACACAGCCUGGAGCCCACACACACACACGCCACCAGGGGGGGCCUCAGGCCCCUGCCACGCUCCUUCCACUUCCCUGGGGGGAAACCCCCCUCCAGCAGCUUUUGUUGGUUCAGCCCAGAAACAGCCUGCACUGAUGGUGUGAGCAGUGUAACUCUUUUCUUCCUCUUCAUUCUGCUGUGUCUGUUUGGGGGAGCUGCCUGGUUCUACAAGAGGCGUGGAGGGGCCGUAGCCGCUGUGAGCAGUAAGGUGGUCCUGACUCUGGAUGACCUGGUCUUCAUCAACACUCAAGUCAGCAGGAAGAGGCUGAUAGAGGAGAGCAUGCUGCAAAGUCUCCUGGAUGUGAAGACUCCCGUCUCUGUCUGUGGGCGGAGCUACAUCCAGACCACACCAGACAGCUCCAACAUCGCCAUGCUGGAGGGUGACAGGGUGUGGAUAAAGAAAUGUCCUAAAGGAGAAACAGUGCUGAGCAUUGAUCAUAACACCAAGACCUUGUUCAACCAGAUGAGAGAGAUGCGUCAUGAGAACCUGAACCUGUACCUGGGGCUGUUCCUGGACGGGGGGAUCUUCGCCCUGGUGAUGGAGCACUGCCCCCGGGGAAGCUUGUCUGACCUGCUGGCUGACCCGGAGCUCAGGCUGGACUGGAUGUUCAAGUCCUCGCUGCUCACAGACCUCAUCAAGGGGAUGAAGUUCCUGCACAUGCGAGGGCUGAGUCACGGCCGACUGAAGUCUCGUAACUGUGUGGUGGACGGACGCUUUGUUCUGAAGAUCAGCGACUACGGUGUUCCCAUGAUCCUUCACUCUCAGAAACUCCUGCUGCCAGAAGAACCCCAAGACCUGCUGUGGACAGCUCCAGAGUUGUUGCGCUGCCCUCAGCAGGAAGGCUCCUUCCAGGGAGACGUGUUUAGCUUUGCCAUCAUCACACACGAGGUCAUCUCACGCACUCCUCCCUACGCCUCCAUGGACAUGCCCGCACAAGAGAUCGUUGACCGAGUUCGCUGCCCUCCCCCCCUAUGUCGCCCGUGUGUGUCUCUGGACGAGGCUCCUCUGGAGUGUAUCUCUCUCAUGCAGCAGUGCUGGAGCGAGGACCCAGACAGCAGACCCAACUUCCAGGAGAUAUUCAAGCUGUUCAAGAAUGUGAGUCGAGGGAGGAAGACCAACAUCAUAGACUCCAUGCUGAGGAUGCUGGAGCAGUACUCCUCCAACCUGGAGGACCUGAUCCGGGAGAGGACUGACGAGCUGGAGGUGGAGCGGGCCAAGACUGACAAGCUGGUGGGCCAGCUGCUCCCCAGGUCUGUGGCCCUGGCCCUGAAGAAGGGAAAGACAGUCCGGCCGGAGCACUUCUCAGACUCCACGCUCUACUUCAGUGACAUCGUGGGUUUUACCACCAUCUCAGCCCUCAGCGAACCCAUGGAGGUGGUGGAUCUGCUGAAUGAUCUCUACACCACAUUUGAUGCCAUCAUUGGUACCCAUGAUGUUUACAAGGUGGAGACAAUAGGCGACGCCUACAUGGUUGCGUCGGGUGUUCCUAACCCAAACGGUACCCGCCAUGCAGCGGAGGUGUCCAACAUGUCCCUAGACAUUCUCCACUGCAUCGGAGCCUUCCGCAUCAAACACAUGCCAGACGUCAAAGUCAAGAUCCGCAUCGGACUGCAUUCUGGUCCAGUCGUGGCAGGUGUUGUGGGUUUGACCAUGCCCAGGUAUUGUCUGUUUGGAGACACAGUCACCACUGCAUCUCUCAUGGAAUCUUCUGGGCUACCUUACAGAAUCCACAUAAGCUUGACCACUAUGAAGAUUCUAAUGAGUCUCAAACAGGGAUUCAAGGUUGAGACCAGAGUCACACAGACGAAGGGUAACGAGGACACCUUUUGGCUGAUGGGGAGAGAUGGCUUCACCAAACCACUUCCCAUCCCUCCUGACCUCACUCCAGGCGCCAGGAACCAUGGCAUCAGCCUGGAGGAGAUUCCAAUGGAACGCAGGCAACGCUUCCUGGACAGACAGAAGAAGAAAUAGACUCAGAAUCCUCUUGCCUUCUGCUCCUCAACAGCAUGGAAACAACAAGUGGAGGAGAUGAUGCAACCUACCUGUCACACUAAACCUUCUCAGAUAGAAGUUCUAGGGAUGUAUGAGAAGCCCUAACUCAAACUAAGUUCCCACCUUUUUAAAUCAACUGUUUAUUAUGUUAACUAUAACCUAGAAAAAAGUUAUUUAAUGAAGUUAUGUACAAUUAUAACCCACCUACUUAUGAAAAGCAGAAAUUAUUGAGAAUUCUAUUUGUAUGCAUGUAUCUCUUUAAAUUAAAACGUUUUAUAAUUAUUCCCAAAUUUGAAUGGUCCAUCUGGAAAGGGAGGAAAUUGGUCAAAUGGUCCAUUUAAAUCUGGGUACGGAUUGAAGAGGUCUGGUUAAGGGUCUGGGUACGGAUUGAUGGUUAAAAUCUGUCCUACUCAUCGGGUGGCUUACAUCUCAGUUUGGCCUGUGCCUAACCUCCUUAUCCCCCCUCCAUCUCCUCUUCUAUGCUCCUCCUCCUUCCAUCCUCCUCCUUACCCCCCUUCAUCAUCCCCCUCUUCUAUGCUCCUCCCCUUUCCUGGAUAUGCAGUGCUGCUUGAAAGUUUGUGAACCCUCCAGACAUGGUCAUUGUAUUUGUACAAAAAUGUAAAAUAACCUUAUUAAAUGUACAUCCAAACACCAAUUUGUAAAGCAGACUUUCCAAAUAAGGGACACAAACAAAGACAAAUUAUGUAUUUUCAUUAUUUAUUCAACAAAAGUGGUUUAUCUCACAAAACUGAAAAUGUGACAUGUGCAAAAGUAUGUGAACCAUUUUAGUCAGUAGCUUGUGGCACCUCCUUUUGCAGCCAUGUGUGUGUGUAGCAGGUGUGUGUAGUAUCAGUAGGGGUGUGUGUGUAGCAGGUGUGUGUAGUAUCAGUAGGGGUGUGUGUUUAGCAGGUGUGUGUAGUAUCAGUAGGGGUGUGUGUU